AUGUAGUUUUCUAAAAAUGAUGUCUUUUGGGGUAAAAUUUAAGGUUAUCCUUAUUGGCCAUGUACCAUAGCUUAUGAUAGACCAGACCAACAAAAAUGUAGAGUCUUUUUCUUCGGAGAUAAUGAACAGUUUAUUUGUAAAUUUAUUCUAGAGGUGAACUUAAAUAUUAAGAUCUGAAACCUUUCGAAGAAUAUUUUGAACACUAUUGUACUUAAGCCAAAAAGAAUAAUAAUCUCAAAGUCGCUAUUGAAUAAGCUUUAAGUAAAGAAAGUCAUAAAUAUCUCUUACCUUCUUAUGAAAGUAUAAUUCAAUACUAAUUUACCAGAAAUAGUUCGAGGUAUCAAUCAUUCUAAAGUCCCAGAACAAAAAAUUAAUAAAAACAUUCCUGAAAUUAAGGUGGCGCCAUAAAAACAAUAAUAACCAAAAAAAAUAGAAAUUUUUAUCUAAAAACAUUUUAAAGAUGUAAAAGGGGAAGCUAUUAAUCAAAUCCUUGAAAAAUGCAAUAAUAAUCAAAAAAAGGUAGUUAAAGCUAUUAAAGUAAAGUAAUUUAUUAAUAAAGGCUUAUUCUUCACUAUAAGCAGGAAUAAUUAAUAAAAUAUUUAAUUUAGAGACAUUCUAAAAUUAUUAUGAUUCCUCUAUCAAUACCUCAAAGAAUGAAAAUUACUCGAUACUUGAUAAUUUGCUUGAUCCAAGUGAAAUUAAAAUAUUCUUUUGA